ACGUGCAAUGUAGUUAUCGAUCAUCUAAGAAAACACAAGAUCGACAAACAUCUAGAAUCCUCUUAUCAUACUCUAAAAGCAAAAACCUCUGUGUGGAAACAGCAAACUCUCAAGACUGUGUUGAAUUGCAAAACAGCUCCGCAAGUUGAAAAGGUUAAAAUUGGUCAAUCCUGGAUAAAGGCAUGCUGUGCAGCAAACACACCUUUGCUCACGUCAGGCAACAAGGAUAUGACGAGUUUUCGUCAGUUAAAAGAUGCAAAUGGUGAUGCAAUUCAAAAAUGUUCGCAGCUGAGAGUUAUUACCUUUUGCUCAAGAAGAUUGCCAAAGACAGAAAUUUAGCGUUAAUCGUAGAUGAACUUGGUGCCGAUCAAGGCAGGGACGUUCUAGAUAUUAUGGCUGUUCUCCAUGACUUAGAUGAACUUUCUCCACAGGGUAACUGCGUAAGAUAACUACUAGAUACUCACUUUCUUGGUGACACCAAUCACAAAACUGUAUCUCAGACAAUUGUUAGAACAGUCAAUGAAUAUGACAUAGACUUUGACAAUAUUGGGUUCUUCAAUUCUGAUACUGCAGCCUAUAUGAAAAAAGCAUUCCAAACCACAUUGUCCAGCUUAUUUCCCUUGUCCAUCCACAUCACAUAA